UUUCUAUUUUCUCGCGAAAACAUUUUUUCUUCUUCUGAAGCGAAUGAAGAAAAAUAAAUUCAUCUUGUGCAGUCAAGAACAACAAAAAUUAAAAAUUCUCUUUUGAUACAUUGUGUGUGCAGUGUGUACCGUAUUGUGGUGUUUUAGGUGGUGUUGUUUGUGCAUCGGCGGCAUACAUUGUUCUGCGUCACACAAUUGCUGUGGGACAUUAUAACGGGAACGGUGGAGAGAAUAUCAACGCUAAAAUGGUUUCAUUGCAACAGCUAAACUUUCACAACAAUGAAAAAAAUAAACCGAUCACUGGAGCUAAUUUGUUGCAACGACAUUCCAUUAAUUCGUUAUUGGAACAACAGGAUUUAAUAUGGUCACCAAACAUCGAUGGUGAGUCGAUGGCUAUGUCAGGAAUCUAUGGCCUACGCAAUUCAUUAUCCGAAUCAAACUCAUCACUGUCGAAUUCAUCUAUGAAUGGCAGUUGCAUUGGUACAUUUGCUGGUACAACGCCCACUGGUAGCAGUCCCGACGAUUCAUCGCUUCAGCUAAGUGCAAGCUUGACAUCGAAUCCAUACUCCCAGUUAACAUCAGUGUCGUUGUCUUCCAAUGGAUCGUUGAACACACCGAUCAAGAAUUUCGACAAUUUGCAGUUUGAUAGCAUUGAUGGGAACACACCUUUGAAAAUUUUUCAAAGGACCCCAAACUAUGAAUGUUCUACACCAAUGUCACCGACGGCACCUUCUUCGACGCAACAAUACCCCCGGAACUAUCGUGGGUCUGCUUUGUUUAGAGAUACCUCCAGUCCGAUCACUCCGUUAAAAUCAUUGGAUUCGCCGCUUCUCUAUGGUUAUAAAUCGGCUAAUAACUCCGAAAGUAGCAGCAGCAACAGCAGUGGAAAUUCACCAAAUAAUACAUCCAACUCAGAAAAUCUCAAUUUGAUUGACCUUAUCAACUAUUUUGCGGCCAAUAAUAAUAAUAACAACGCCACUGAAACGAUGCAUUUCAAGAACAGUUUGAAUCAGUUUUCGCAAAAUGAUUUGCAAACGUUAAACGCAUUGAAAUUCAUUCAACAAAAUCAACAGAAUACACAACCCCAGUUCUAUGCACAGCAUCAGUCGCCACAUUUGUCAAAUUACUCAUCGAAUGGAGUAAUGACACAAACUUCACGUCAAAUACUUGGUCUAAAUCAACUGUUGCAACCCGACUGCAAUUCGAAUCACUUAAAGAAUUGGCAAAACAUUGCCAUGGGCAAUAAUAAUAAAAACAAUAACAUCAACAUCAACGACACGCACUUGGACCGAGCUGCACGAUUCCAUCGAUCAUCGGCUGCACUUUAUGAUGCCACUUGUACUUGGAGUGGAUUUUUACAACCACGUGUACACAAAGUGGUCAACUAUUCGCCGAAAGUAUUUUUGGGUGGUAUUCCAUGGGACAUCAGUGAACAAUCAUUGAUACAGAUUUUCAAACAAUUUGGACCAAUCAAAGUUGAAUGGCCUGGUAAAGAAAAUCAAGCUGCACAGCCCAAAGGUUAUGUAUACAUAAUCUUUGAAUCGGAAAAACAGGUUCGUGAAUUGUUGAAUGCGUGCACAAUUCAAGAUGGAAAUGAUGCCAAUUCGGGCAAUUAUUAUUUUAAAAUAUCUUCGAAACGGAUUAAGGCCAAAGAGGUUGAAGUUAUUCCAUGGAUCAUUGCUGAUUCAAAUUAUGUAAUUCCAACAUCGCAGAAGUUAGAUCCCAGUAAGACGGUAUUUGUUGGUGCACUUCACGGAAAAUUGACAGCCGAUGGCUUGGCAAAAAUCAUGAAUGAUCUUUUCGAUGGUGUUGUUUACGCGGGCAUUGAUACAGACAAGCACAAAUAUCCGAUUGGAUCGGGACGUGUGACAUUCAAUUGCAAUCGUUCGUACAUGAAAGCGGUGGCUUCGGCGUUUAUUGAAAUAAAAACGACCAAGUUCACAAAAAAGGUGCAAGUCGAUCCAUAUUUGGAGGAUGCACUAUGUUCGAUGUGUGGUCUUCAUCAUGGUCCAUAUUAUUGUCGUGAAAUGUCAUGUUUCCGCUACUACUGUCGAUCAUGUUGGCAAUGGCAACACUCAUCGGAUCCAUCGUUGCAAAAUCACAAGCCAUUGACUCGAAACUCAAAAUCACAACAGCUUAUUGGACUUGGACCACAGAAUGUAUCAUCCCCCGUCAACAAUACUAACGCUUCAUCGAAUUACUACUGCUAAAGUAGAAGUUUUUACGCAGUUUUGCAAAAACCAUUCAUUUAUCGCUCUUAAUUAUUAUUUAUGAUUAUUAUAAAUCAUUCUUAUUGUUCUUAUCAUCAUUUAUUAUUAUUGUUAUUAAUUUUUUUUUCUGUUUUAAGUCUUCAUUUAAAUGAUCGUAUUAAUUUUUUUUUUGAUCACACAAUCGUGUUCUGUUAUUAAGCAAACAGCUUCUUGUUUUUUUUUUUUGAAUAUUUCCGUAUCAAAGUGAAUUAAAAAUUGGGACACACAUUUUCUGAAAAAAUGAACGUUUAACAAUUGAACAGAUGAACAAAAGAAAUGAAAUUUAUAAAUCACGCUACAAUUAACAUGCAAUAACAAUUUAGAUAAAUAACCAAACUCAUGUACUUAAAUGAAAUGAAAUCAAAUAUGCAACAAACAAAUAUUGCAGAGAAAUGAAAAUGAUAAGAUUAAAAUCGACCGAAAACACUAUUAUGAAAAGAGGUAAUAAGUCAAUAAGAGAAAAAUUUAUCUCCUCUCAAAAUGUUAAGUAUAACCAAUGAAAACAAACAAAAAAAAAAACAAUUUGUAAAAUGAAUACACAUCACCACACAAUUUAUUGUAAUCCGAUUUGAAUACAAUACAAAUAGUAAAUGUUUAACUCAAGCGUAGAAUUUACAACAACAAAAAAAAAAAAACAAUUUAAUGAACUGCAAUAUA